GUUGAUAUUGAUCAUUUGAUAGCAGACGAGUUCGUGCGAAAAUAUGGCGUCCGGUGCUCGGAUUGUGAUGUACGAGUAAGGAUAAAGAAGAGCAUAUAUGCAACCCACUGGCACUCUUCGAUAAGUGAGAAAGGAAUAACGAAAACAAAAGUGGGCUGGAAAUUCACUCGCCGAUUGAUUUGGGAAACGAAACGGAACGAGGAACGAGACUAUGGCGGCCAAUUUAAACGAGGAUGCCUAUAGAAAGGAACAGCUUGAAUUCAUAUCGAAUAUUCAUGGAACAACAGCCAGAGAAAUUAUACUUGUGAUAUUGCCAAGUGUUUGCAGUUUGUUGCUGAGGAUAACAACUUUUGUUCUGAUUGGAAAGCACCUCAAUGGAAUCACACGAUUCAUAACAGAAUUCAUCGUUGUAUUACUUCCAACAAUAUUAUGUUUUACUGUUUACUCAGACUCGAAAAUAUCCGUUUGUAUGGCUCUACUUGUGGCCUCUUUUAUUAAUGUGUUGGUUGUGAUAUUUACGAGUAACUCUGCUCGAAGUGGCAGAUAUUUAUCAACUCAUUCAGCAAGGCGUCCAUUCCUAACAAACUUUAGAUCACUUACUGGCGUACUGACUGCAAUUUGUAUAUUAGCUGUUGACUUUAAAGUAUUUCCCAGACGUUAUGCUAAGACUGAAGUCUACGGAUUCAGUUUAAUGGAUACUGGAGUUGGAUUUUUUAUCAUGUCCAAUGCUCUUGUCUCUCCAGAAGCAAAGGAUUCUAGUCAGAACGUAGAGUUAGGGUUUGUAAAGGCCAUUGCUAAAAAUUUUGUUGACUGCGUAAGAAGCUGCAUUACUCUUCUGGUACUGGGUUCAGUUAGGUACUUUUCUAUCGAAUAUUUAAACUAUCAAAGACACGUCAGCGAAUAUGGUGUUCAUUGGAACUUUUUCGUAACACUUGCAGCUGUUAAGAUUCUCACAAGUAUUGUAACUACUGUGCUAAGCUCAAGAUAUUCUCUGAUUGUCGGAAUUUUCAUAAUUACUGUGUACGAGUUUGUAUUAAGUCAGAAUAAUGUGAGACAAUGGCUUUUUUCUCACUCCAGGGAGGGCUUUGUUAAUGCUAAUAAAGAGGGGCUCGUUUCAACACUAGGAUACGUCGGUCUUUAUUUCAUAGGCGUUGCUAUCGGAAGAUUGAUACAUUCCACUUAUCAGAGGGCAAGUAAAAAUCAAACCGAUAAAUUUAAAGUAGACUCUUACUUUCGUAUUAAAAUCUUUGGAUACAUAAUAGAUGCUCGUUAUACCGAGUCGAUGAUACUUUGCAUAAAGUUGUCGCUAAUCGCAGCUCAAGCCUGCGCAGCUAUGCUAUUUCUUAACUCAUACUCUCGAGUUUCUAGAAAAUUAGCUAAUGCUGGAUAUUGCGUUUGGAUGGUAACUUUAUCUACGACAAUGUUGACACUUUUAGUACUGAUUGAUGUCAUAACAGAUAUCUUGAAACAGUUAUCUGUAAAAGAAGACAUUGGGAAAAAGACUUCAAAAGUUAAACAAGAAUCAUAUCAGUUAUCGAGUAUCCCAGAAAUUUUGGAAGCUGUUAAUUAUAACGGCCUACCUUUUUUUCUUGUCUGCAAUCUUAUCACUGGUGGCAUAAAUUUAACAAUUAAAACUUUGUACGUUCCGGAUAAUGAAGCUCUUCAAAUUAUAACGGCAUAUGUGCUGGUCAGUACUGCUUUGUUUGCGAUUUUGUAUAAGUACAAAAUCAAAAUUAAGUUUUAAUUAUGAAAUGAUUUAUGUACUUCCUGCCCUUUACUGAUCUUCGAUGCCUUACUAACAUAGUUUUUUCUAAAAUUCAAAUAGUUUUUAUUCCUCUACGAUAAAUUAUGUACUGUAAUACGGUCAAUCGUACCAUCUAAAAUAAUUUUUAUAGUGAAGAGGUGAGAGACUGUAAGAUAUAGUCAUUAACUUAUAUAUUUUCAAUUUCAACAU